AGGAAGAAGAAAGAUAUCGAGACUGUUUUACGACUGAGCAAUGCCGUACGCACAGCUUGUAAUCGGCCCACCGGGCUCGGGCAAGUCGACAUACUGCUAUGGAAUGCUGCAAUUCUUAUCUGCUAUCGGCCGUAAAGCCUCUGUGAUCAACCUCGACCCUGCAAACGACCACACAAACUACGACGCCGCGCUCGACAUUCGAGAUUUCGUCACGCUCGAAUCAGUGAUGGCCGAAGAAGGACUCGGUCCCAACGGCGGGAUCAUGCGCGCGAUGGAGGAGCUCGAAUCGAACUGGGACGACUUCUUCGAGCGCAUCAAAAAGCUCGGGAAGCAUGACUACCUUGUGUUUGACUGCCCCGGCCAGGUCGAGUUGUUUACACAUCAUCAUUCGCUGAGAGCGCUGUUUCUCAAGCUGCAAAAGGCAGACUACAGACUCGUGGUCGUCAAUUUGAUUGAUUCUUACUACAUCACUUCGGCUUCGCAGUAUAUCUCUGUUUUGCUGCUUGCGUUGAGAAGCAUGCUACAGCUGGAUCUGCCGCAUGUUAACGUGCUCAGCAAGAUUGAUCUACUGAGUAAUUACGGCCCGCUGCCAUUCAAUCUCGACUUUUACACCGAAGUACAAGAUCUCCGAUAUCUGCUACCGGUGAUCAAAAAGGAGUCUCCCACUCUCCUAGGCGAGAAAUUCGCAUCCCUGAACGAAGCUAUUGCAGACCUGAUAAUGGACUUUGGCCUAGUAGAGUUUGAAGUCCUAGCCAUCGAAGACAAGAAAAGUAUGAUUGCGCUCCUCAGUGUUCUCGACAAAGCCACGGGCUACACAUUCGGCGCUACCGAAAUCGGGGGCGACACCGUCUGGGCCGAAGCAACGCGGCAAGGCGGCUACCUUGGCAGCAUAGCUGAUAUCCAAGAGCGAUGGAUCGACAACAAGGCCGAAUACGACGCAAUAGAGGACGAGGAACGAAGGCAGCGGAUGGAGGAGUUUGAGAAGGAGAAUAAGCGGAAAUUGACGCCGGAGGAGGAAUGGGAAGAGGAAGUGAGGAGAUGGGAGGCCGAGCAGGGCGCGAAGUUUGGAACGGGGUUCAAGAAUGGGAUUUGAGAGACUCUUAUUCAGAAGAAGCGUGUAUAUAUACAUAGCAAGUAGUACAUAGUCUGUGCAUUUUGGCGUUUGGAAUUUAGUUAAUACAGGAAUUAUAUUUUUGAUUUAAUAUCAUCAAUUCAUGAA